AUGUCGGCCUCCUCACCCUCCUCCGGCCUCCACAUCCGCAGAGCGCACAAGGCAGACAUCCCCACCCUGGUGAAGAUAUCCUCCGAGGCAUUCCGCGGGCGCCCUCUUACCGAGGCACUCUUCCCGCCACACCUGAGCAAGGGGCUCGAUCAGGAGGAAAAGCUGGCGUUCAGAAGGGCGUGGCACGAGAACGGGUUCGAUAAUGAGAAUCGGCACUAUAUUGUCGUCGUGGACGGCCCUGAUGAUAGCAACAUCGUGGGUUCGGCGUGUUGGCAGAGCCGGGACGACCCCCUUGAGAGCCAGCUGAUGCCUGAGCAGCUGAGGGCGCAAUGUCCACCCACCAUGGAUCUAGCUGCUUUGGACAUCAUUGAGAGGGACACCAAGGUCCUGAAGAAGAACCUGCUGGAUGCCCUGGGCGAAGAGGCAUACAAAAACUCGUGGUACCUUGCAGCUAUCUCUGUGGAUCCAGCUCAGCAGCGCCGGGGUAUCGGGAGGAUGUUGAUGGACUGGGGUGAAGAACGAGCAGCAAAGGAGCACAAGAACAUCCGUCUGAUGGCGAGCGCUGCGGGGGCCAAGUUGUACCGGGCCCUGGGCUAUGAAGAAGUGGGUGCAGUAGAAUGUCUGGGAGGUAUGGAAUAUGCAUUUAUCAAGAAGGCUGCAUAG